CACCGGAACCCCCACCAGCUGCGCGCGCUCACACUCACGCUCAUCAGGCGCUUUCAUUUCUUGAUUUAUGACUUCCAGCCUUCAAUUUUUCUACCGCUUGCCCCUCACUUGUUUUGUUUCAUUCAUCUUUACAGAAGACGCCAUUCAUCCUUAUAGAAGACGACGGCCACACUUCAGCUGCUGCAGCAUGAUAGCUGUCCUGGAUGCGUGCUGAGCGUGUGUGGCCCACCAGAGGAGCCUCCGCAGCGUCCAUGGCCGAGCCCUCCUUCCCCUUCCCGAGGGAGGGCAGCCGGGUGUGGGAGACCCUGCCCAGCCCGCUGCCCACCAAGCGCACUCGCACAUACUCGGCCACGGUGCGAGCCCACUCAGGUCCAGUGUUUAAGGGGGUGUGCAAGAAGUUCUCCAGGUCCCAAGGACACGGCUUCAUCCGACCCAGUCAUGGUGGAGAAGACAUCUAUGUCCACAUCUCAGACAUCGAGGGUGAGUACGUGCCGGUGGAAGGUGACCAGGUGACCUACAAGGUGUGCCGAGUUCCUCCCAAGAACCUGAAGGUGCAGGCGGUGGAGGUGAAGAUCAUCCACCUCAACCCCGGCAGCAAACACGAGACCUGGUCCGGCCAGAUCAUCAGUUCCUAGGUCUGGGCUCCGGGACCACCUCUGGGCCGCGGGGUGACCACAAGUGAGGGAGUCGUGGGGGCGGGACUGAAAAGGUGUGCGUCUUGUUUUUGUUUUCCCGGGACCGAGACCCUGAUCUAAAGACACCAAAUAUAGUCCUGUCCUGGGACUUGCUGCCCAGUAGAACUUCCAAGGUGGCCACAGAUCCAGAUUUCUGCAAAAAAAAAAAAAAAAAAAAACGCCUUCUGGCUCCUCCCCCACCCUCCAAACCUCUCUAAAACAUUUUCCUCUUUGACCCUGCGUCAACCCGGCGGCCAUCUUGAGCAGGGCGAGGCUGUCUACAAAGCGUGGCCCGCAGCUAAGUGUUAGAGUAGAAUGGACUUUAUUGUCAUUCUAUUUACAUAUAACGAGAUUAAAGACUCCAACUUAAGGUGCGGUAGUGGGAACAAAUAUGGGGUGAAAUAAAUAACACAAGAGGUAAUAAAGGAAAAAACGAACAAUUGAAAUAAACAGACUACUAUCCAAUAAAAAAUAAUAAGCAUUCUAAGAUUAGCAUGCUAGCUUUGUUUGCCAAUCCUGCAGGUAAACACCUGAGCGUCAAAUAUUUGCUUACUCAACAAAUCAUACGUGUUGGCCUUUUUAGCUAACAUUGUAGGUGCACAACUCAGUCAUAUUUUGGUACUUGAUGCAUGCUAACGUUAGCAGGCUAGCACUUUAACCACAUUUUUUGGGUACACACGUGAGAGUAAUAUAUUUUAUUACUUGGCCCAUGUUACAGUUAGCUUUUUGGCAUGCUAGCAAUUUAGCAGCUAUAACCCUCAGUGUCAUAUUUUGGUAUUUCACUAAUGUUAACUGUAAGCAUGCUAUUGUUAGCAGAGUCCUGUUAGCAUGUUGAUGUUGGUAUGCUAUUUUUUUUUUUUUUUUUUAGCUAACUUUGUAGUUGCACACCCAAGUCAUAUUUUGGUACUUGAUGCAUGCUAAUGUUAGCAGACUAGCACUUUAACCACAUUUUUUGGUUACACACGUGAGAGAUAUAUAUUUUAGUACUUGGCCCAUGUUUCAGUUAGCAUUUUGGCAUGCGAGCAAUUUAGCAUCUAUAACCCUCAGUGUCAUAUUUUGGUAUUUCACUAAUGUUAACUGUAAGCAUGCUAUUGUUAGCAGAGUCCUGUUAGCAUGUUGAUGUUGGUAUGCUAGUUAUGUUUUUUUAGUUUUUUUUUAGCUAACUCAAGGUCCACACCUCAGUCAUAUUUUGGUACUUGAUGCAUGCUAACAUUAGCAGGCUAGCACUUUAACCACAUUUUUUGGGUACACACGUGAGAGUGAUAUAUUUUAGUACUUGGCCCAUGUUACAGUUAGCAUUUUAACAUGCUAGCAAUUUAGCAUCUAUAACCCUCAGUGUCAUAUUUUGGUAUUUCACUAAUGUUAACUGUAAGCAUGCUAUUGUUAGCAGAGUCCUGUUAGCAUGUUGAUGUUGGUAUGCUAGUUAUGUUUUUUUUGUUUUUUUUUAGCUAACUCAAGGUCCACACCUCAGUCAUAUUUUGGUACUUGAUGCAUGCUAACAUUAGCAGGCUAGCACUUUAACAACAUUUUUUGGUUACACAUGUGAGACAUAUAUUUUAGUACUUGGCCCAUGUUUCAGUUAGCAUUUUGGCAUGCUAGCAAUUUAGCAUCUAUAACCCUCAGUGUCAUAUUUUGGUAUUUCACUAAUGUUAACUGUAAGCAUGCUAUUGUUAGCAGAGUCCUGUUAGCAUAUUGAUGUUGGUAUGCUAGUUAUGUUUUUUUAGUUUUUUUUUAGCUAACUCAAGGUCCACACCUCAGUCAUAUUUUGGUACUUGAUGCAUGCUAACAUUAGCAGGCUAGCACUUUAACCACAUUUUUUGGGUACACACGUGAGAGUAAUAUAUUUUAUUACUUGGCCCAUGUUACAGUUAGCUUUUUGGCAUGCUAGCAAUUUAGCAGCUAUAACCCUCAGUGUCAUAUUUUGGUAUUUCACUAAUGUUAACUGUAAGCAUGCUAUUGUUAGCAGAGUCCCGUUAGCAUGUUGAUGUUGGUAUGCUAGUUAUGUUUUUUUUGGGUUUUUUUCGCUAACUUAAGGUCCACACCUCAGUCAUAUUUUGGUACUUGAUGCAUGCUAACAAUAGCAGGCUAGCACUUUAACAACAUUUUUUGGUUACACACGUGAGAGAUAUAUAUUUUAGUACUUGGCCCAUGUUACAGUUAGCAUUUUGGCAUGCUAGCAAUUUAGCAGCUAUAACCCUCAGUGUCAUAUUUUGGUAUUUCACUAACGUUAACUGUAAGCAUGCUAUUGUUAGCAGAGUCCUGUUAGCAUGUUGAUGUUGGUAUGCUAGUUAUGUUUUUUUUGUUUUUUUUUUCGCUAACUUAAGGUCCACACCUCAGUCAUAUUUUGGUACUUGAUGCAUGCUAACAAUAGCAGGCUAGCACUUUAACAACAUUUUUUGGUUACACACGUGAGAGAUAUAUAUUUUAGUACUUGGCCCAUGUUACAGUUAGCAUUUUGGCAUGCUAGCAAUUUAGCAGCUAUAACCCUCAGUGUCAUAUUUUGGUAUUUCACUAACGUUAACUGUAAGCAUGCUAUUGUUAGCAGAGUCCUGUUAGCAUGUUGAUGUUGGUAUGCUAGUUAUGUUUUUUUUGUUUUUUUUUAGCUAACUCUAGGUCCACACCUCAGUCAUAUUUUGGUACUUGAUGCAUAAUAACGUUAGCAGGCUAGCACUUUAACAACAUUUUUUGGUUACACACGUGAGAGUGAUAUAUUUUAGUACUUGGCCCAUGUUACCGUUAGCAUUUUGGCAUGCUAGGAAUUUAGCAGCUAUAACCCUCAGUGUCAUAUUUUGGUAUUUCACUAAUGCUAACUGUAAGCAUGCUAUUGUUAGCAGAGUCCUGUUUGCAUGUUGGUGUCGGUAUGCUAGUUAUUUGUUUGUUUUUAGCUAACUUUGUAGGUGCACACCUCAGUCAUAUUUUGGUACUUGAUGCACGCUAAUGUUAGCAGGCUAGCACUUUAACCACAUUUUUUGGGUAUAUACGUGAAAGUAAUAUAUUUUAUAACUUGGCCCAUGUUACAGUUAGCAUUUUGACAUGCUAGCAUUAUCAUUCCGGAGUUGGUUAUUUAAUUUAGCAGCCAUAACCCUCAGUGUCAUAUUUUGGUAUUUUUACUAAUGUUAACUGUGAGCAUGCUAUUGUUAGCAGAGUCCGGUUAGCAUGUUGAUGUUGGUAUGCUAUUUUUUUUUUUUAGCUAACUUUUUAGGUACAUAUUUUGGUACUGGAUGCAUGCUAAUGUUAGCAGGCUAGCACUUCAAACUCAAAUUCCUCAGUAAUUUUGCCAAAAGUCAGCAUGGAGUUAUUGAGUCUGUUUAGCUGAUUGGAGAGCUACCUUGCGCAGCUAACGGGUCCUUGACCAUGACUUCUGUUUUGUUUGAUUGGCCGUUUUACUGCCCUGCUACAGAAACAAGGUAUGUGAAUAUUUAUUAAAUAUUUCAGUGUAAAAAAGUAAUUUAACAAGGUAUAUAUCUGCCACCUAUAGUCCGGUGCAGCGAAUAUAUGUAAAAUAAAAUUCAAAAAAAGUCUUUUAAAAUGUAGUUUUGGAAAUAAUCGCCAGAAAGGAUUGUGAUGUUUGGACUUUGGAGGUUCUACUGGAUGCGUCCCUUCCAUCAAGUAGCAGAUAUGGUUCUCUCAUCUUAGAGCCCGGGGGUCCAAACAGACCCCAAAUAGCAAAAGGGGCCCUUUCGCUAUUUGUCAUUGUAAAAAGCAAUACAAAAUUAUUGGAACCAUUUGGGCUUCCCUCAGAUUUGGUGACAAUAGAAAGUCCCGGGCAGUCUUUACACUUUAAAAAAAAAGAAAAAGAAGUCAUAUAUAUAAAUAUAUGUUUUUAUUUUAAUGCUUGAACAUAUGUAGAUCAACUCCAAAUAUAUUGGUGUGACAUUAAGUUGUUGUUUUUUUAAGUUGUAUGCCCUUUUUGUUCAUGUUUUUUUCCCCAAAAAAGGUUGAAAGUGAAAUAUUUGAUGUGAAGCAAAUGUAGCCUUUAUUUGGUCAAUCAUUCAUAACAACAUUGCUUUUGGUUCUUUUUUUUUUUUUUUUUUUUUUUAACAAUGACAGUUAAAAACAAUCUGACUCAACUGUGGGCAAUCCAAAAGGCCCCACUAAUAAAAGUGUGUCUAAUAAAUCAUCAGUUAAAAAAAUAUGCUGUCCAAACUUUUAGAUCCAUCCAUCUUUCUCCGCUUAUCCGAGGUUUUCCGAAGUGUUCCUGAGCCCAUGUGGUGAUUACACACUGGUGGUGGAUUGUCCGAAGCUUAAACAGCAAACAAAGUGGAUUUAGUACAAAGGUUUUAUUUACCCAUAAUCAAAAGUACAGAGUUGGAUUGAAUUGCCCAUGCAGACAGACACCGUCCUCCGGAGCGACGUAGAUGAUCGAAAUCAUGCGAAUCAAGCAAAAUCGUAUCAAAUAUUGGUCUACUGGCUUUUUAUAUGUUUCCCUCAUGUGUCAAGGUCCCGUUGUUUUGCAACUGCUUGCUCCGCAACAACCUUGGAUCCCUUAGUCAUAACAAACAAUCAAAACAUUUUGUAGAAUGGUUCGAGCGACCUCAAAUUCAACUUUCAUCUACAUAUGAUCCUUCAAUGCUUUCAAAUAGGAAAAUAGAAAAGAGCAGACCUCUUAAGGCUUUUUAACAAGCUUUCCUCCCGACUUCGAUAGACACAAAAUAUGGUAAAAAAGUCAGAAAUUCCACUACACACGGAUGUGGCUUUUUGAUGCAGUAGCACCUGAGGGAUGGAAGGUGCGUCAUAUCGUGGCUUACGUGCAGUGAUUUCUCCAGAUUGUCUGAACCUUUUGAUGAUAUUACAUAGCGUAGAUGGUGAAAUCCCUAAAUUCCUUGCAAUAAAUAGCUGGUUGAGAAAUGUUGUUUUUAAACAAUUUGCUCAGGCAUUUGUUGACAAAGUGGUGACCCUCGCCCCGUCCUUGUUUGUGAACGACUGAGCAUUUCAUUGAAGCUGCUUUUAUAGCCAGUCGUGGCACCCACCUGCUCCCAAUUAGCCUGUUCACCUGCGGAUGUUCCAAAUAAGAUUUUGAUGAGCAUUCCUCAACUUUCUCACUCUUUUUUGCCACUUGUGCCAGCUUUUUUGAAAAAAAAAACAAACAAAAAAAAAAACAUGUUGCAGGCAUUAAAUUCCAAAUGAGCCAAUAUUUGUUUUCCUGUUAGAAUGUAAAAUAUCUUGUCUUUGCUGUCUAUUCAAUUGAAUAUAAGUUGAAAAAGA